CAAUUAGUUUACCGAUAUCAACAGAGAGCGAUUUGUUCUGGAAAUAGUUGCACUAUAACUUUCAGAGGGAUUUCAGAUAGUUUGAACAGGAACGGUAUAACGCAGUUUAAACGUGCUACAUAAAAGAUGCAUAUUCAACAAAUUCAAGAUAUCCAACUGCAGCCUGGUAAUGCAAAUUUUGAUAUCAAGGGUUGCACCAUUAAUGGCGAUAAGGUUCUAUUUACCGACAAAGGUAAUCGUCGGAUAAUAGUACACGAUGUAACAGGCCGUCAUGUAGAAGACAUUCCUCUAUCAGCAGAACCGUUUGGUAUUACAGCCAUAGAUGAUAACAUGGUAGCCGUUACAUUUGGCAGGAAGCAGUACUUUGAAAUUAUAAAUAUCGAUACCAAAGCCGUUACUAAAAGAACAACUGACGGAAACAGCUGGGGAAUUACGUAUGAGAAUGGAAACUUAUAUAUGAUCGUCGAUGGUCAUAUGCAUGGUAUCAAUGUCGCUAUUAUGACGUCAUCGGGAGAACUUUUUAAAAUGAUACCGGUCAGCACAGACUUUGACCAAACGGAAAAUGUAGCAGUAAAUGGAGAUAGCAUAUUUUUCACAGUAUUCAUUCCUAAAGAUAUUGUAUGCAUGGAUGUGAACGGUGCUGUUCAAUGGCAGUUCCAAAAGAACAUUUUUAACCAGCCAAGGGGAGUAACUACUGACACUGACGGAAAUAUUUUUGUAGCUGGAUUUUCCUCACAUAAUGUGAUUGCUGUACAGAAGAGUGGGCGCGAGGGUAAUGAGAUACUAGAUGAGAAUGAAGGUUUAAGCUAUCCCACAUCAAUUUAUUGCGAUAAGAAGAAUAACAGAUUGCUAGUUAGUAAUUUGAACAAUGGACAUGCAUACCUGUUCAACAUAGUUUAUAGCUAGAACAUGUGCUAUACAUCCUGAUCAUAUGCAUAAUUUCAUGUAUAGCUGACUGGAUGUCUUUUUAUUGUUUUCAUUUUCAUUAUAUGUUUUAUUGAAAAGUUUUAAUUGAUCGGUGCCAUAAUUUGAGCAGAAACUGCUUGUCCGUGCGUUGUUCUCAAACUCAUACUUUUCCUGAACAAUAUUCGUAUUGUUCAGUAAAAAAAUAAAAAAAGUAGUAUUGAGAGACAACUCUACACUAGAGAAAAAAUGUCUUAGAAGUUGACAAAGGUCUUCAUUUGUGUAAGAUUAUUAAUGAGUUUGUCUGUCAAUAUUGUAUGUCAAUUGAAAAUUAGCAAGUAGACGGUGGAUAUAGACACAAAAAUUUUGCAAUUGUUUGCAAACAUGUACCUUAUCAAAUGUACCACCCUACGAUGAGAUAAGGCUUUUGAUAUACAUCCCGCACAAAUUUAGUAAA